UGUCCGUGGCUGCCGCUGCGCUGGGAAAGAACCAAGGAGCCUGCACCUCCAACCCCCACGCCCGCUUCUGGGAUCCAUGGCUGGGCCCUCAUCGGAGAGCUAGCCCCCCUUGUGCCGUUUUGCCCGAUGCUUGGACGCGAAGGCGAGGACCGGCUGCCACCAUGAACGACAGGUUCCACAGAGCGGCCCGCGACGGCUACCUGGACCUGCUGAAGGAGGCCACCAGGAAAGAACUGAACGCACCGGACGAGGAUGGGAUGACACCCACCCUGUGGGUCGCCUACCACGGCAACCUGGAGGCGCUGCGGCUCAUAGUGGCCAGGGGGGGUGACCCAGACAAGUGUGAUAUCUGGGGGAACACUCCUUUGCACCUGGCAGCCGCAAACGGGCACCUCAAUUGCCUUUCCUUCCUGGUGUCGUUCGGGGCCAACGUCUGGUGCCUGGACAAUGAUUACCACACGCCCCUGGACAUGGCAGCCAUGAAGAACCACAUGGAGUGCGUGCGCUACCUGGACUCCAUCGCUGCCAAACAGACAGGGCUCAACCCCAAGAUGGUGAGCAAGCUGAAGGACCGGGCGUUCCGCGACGCUGAGAGGCGCAUCAAAGACUGCGCGAAGCUCCAGAGGAAACACCACCAGCGCAUGGAAAAGAAGUACCACAAGGAGACUUUGGAUGCCUCGGAUGCCAUGAGCUUUUCUAGCUACUCCAGCAGCACCCUGAGCCACAACUUCCACCAUCUCAACAUGGUGAGCUCUUCCUCCAUGCCAUACUCCCAGGCCACCCUUCAUGCCACUGCCAAGGGCAAGACCAAGAUCCAGAAGAAGCUGAAUAAGAAGAAGCAGGUGGAUGGGACCUUCAAGAUCUAUGAGGACGGCCGCAAGAGUGUGCGCUCACUGUCUGGCCUGCAGCUGGGGAAUGACGUCAUGUUUGUCAAGCAGGGGACCUAUGCCAGCCCCAAGGACAGGAUGAGGCGCAACAUCAGGGACAUGUUCCCCAAUGAUGAGGACACUGUCUCACGUGCCAUAAGCAACCCCGGGAUUCACCUAGACUCUGGCUAUUCGGAGGUCAGCACGGACUCUGGGCACGACUCUCUCUUCAACCGUCCAGGGCUGGGCACCAUGGUGUUCAGGCGGAACUACGUCAGCGGAGGGUUGUUUGGUAUCGGCCAGGAGAGUGCCAGCGGGGAAGACAGUGAACUGGAGGCCAGGAUGGGCAAUGUGCGCAUGCGUAGCCGCUUGCAGCGCUCGCCCAGCCUCAAUGAGAGCAUUGGGAGCGCUAAUAGCCUGCAGGAACGCAACCUGGAGGAGCUGCCCUGGGAUGAGAUGGACCUGGGCCUCAAUGAUGAUGACGAGCCCGAAACCAGCCCCCUCGAGACCUUCCUGGCCACCCACAGCAUGUCGGAGUUCAUCCCCAUCUUCAAGAAGGAGAAGAUCGACCUCGAGGCACUCCUGCUGUGCUCAGACUAUGACCUCAAGAGCAUCAACAUCCCAUUGGGACCCCGGAAGAAGAUCCUGGAUGCCUGCAAGUGUAGAAGAGCAACGAUGGAGGACCCCAAGAGGAUAGAAGACACUGAACUGUGA